UUAGGCCCUCAGAUUUCUUAUAUAUAUAUUUAAAAAUAUUGCAUCAUGAGGACAUAAUGGUGCGUGCUAGCGAGGAGAGCAUUUCUGCAACUAUUCUCCGGCUGGGCGGAUUUCCCAACGACCCUCCUCUCUUUUUACGGGUUGUAAUGAUCAAUUUAGACAUAAGCCCCUCAAAUUGUUUUGAUUGUCGCAUAAGCACCCUUAAACCUUUCGACAACAAAACAUGAACCACAUGGCGUGCUCGUCUUCGGCUAGACGACCAAUUUAGCGCUGGAGGCCACAAUUGCUAUUUUAGGAAAUCCCGAAUGUGAGCACGGACGGGAAAUGGUGCUACUUGGUGUUUUGGGUUGCGAGCAGAGGAGGGAAGGCAAUAAGGUGGAGCUUACUGAAGAAGAGGCUUCUUGGAGCUUGCCCGGCUGCCACGUCGGCGUCGGGACUGUACAAUUACUAUUAUAGGCAGCAGCAAGAGGAGAUGCUGUUGAGGGAGCAGCAGCCUAAGGUUUUCUUGCUCAAGUUUUGUUGUUAUGACAGGAUGGGACUCUUGCAUGAUGUGACGCAAGUAUUAUGUGAGCUGGAGCUCACAAUCAGAAGAGUGAAGGUAUCAACUACACCAGAUGGGAGAGUUAUGGACCUCUUCUUCAUCACCGACACCAGGGAACUACUACAUACAAAGAAGAGGAAAGACGAAACAUGCGAACAAUUGAGAUCUGUUCUUGGUGACUCCAUGACAAGUUGUGAUAUCGAACUAGCAAGUGAAGAAAUAGCUUCAUGUCUUCAGGCUUCACCUCUUCUUCCCCCAGAAACAACCGAAGAGAUGUUCAAUUUAGAUCUUUCCAUAGAAUCACCCACAGGAGCACAUCAUCCCUCAUCAACAACUCCUUCAGUCACAGUAGAUAAUUCUCUAAGUCCCUCUCACACUCUCGUUCAAGUCCUUUGUCGAGAUCACAAGGGCCUCCUCUAUGACAUAAUGAGAACUCUCAAAGAUUACAAAAUCCAGAUCUCUUAUGGGCGAUUCUAUGCAUCCUAUAAAGGGAAUUGUGAGAUUGACUUGUUUAUAGUUCAAACGGAUGGAAAGAAGAUUGUCGACCCAAGUAAACAGAAGGAAUUGUGUGAUCGUUUGAGAAUGGAGUUGUUCAGUCCACUACGUGUUACCGUUGUGAAUAGAGGACCAGAUACUGAGCUUUUGGUUGCAAAUCCUGUUGAGUUAUCUGGCAAAGGCAGGCCUCUUGUUUUUUAUGAUAUCACCCUUGCCCUAAAAAUGCUUCACACGCGCGUCUUUCUGGCUGAGAUUGGAAGGCAUGUGAUCGGUGAUACAGAAUGGGAAGUAUACAGAGUCCUUCUCGAUGAUGAUUGCGAAUUGUCUACUGCUCGGAAUAAGAUUGUCGAAGGAGUGACGAAGAUGCUAAUGGGUUGGGAGUGAUUAAAGCGCAGAAGCUCAUCGUAUCUGUUCUCUGGAUACCUUCUCGCCCUUUUAUAAGCAGAAAGGAGCUUACUUCGACUUAUUUUGUACAGUGAUAGCAUGACCAUGGUCCAUGACUUACCUAAAACUUGGUUCAGUAAGCUAACCUUGUUAAUAUGGCAUCCACGCCAAAGAAAGGGAAGGUUAACAAACAAAUGGUAGUUCUCAUAUUGCAAUGUACAUAGUUAUCAUCACUGAGCGUUGAAAUAUAAAAGUUGGUCUAUGGUUAACGUUGUGAAUUUUCACGUGACAAAGCCCCUCCAUGUCUUGUAUUUAUUUGAUCUUUUUGGAUUAUGGAAUAUAGUUGUCUUCUUUCA